AUGAAUUUCCAGUACUUUGUGAAGUGGCCUCCUAAUGCCAAGACACUCGAUAAGGUCAGUUUAAGAAUUCGAACUGCCAGAUGCAGCAAAAGAAUACGUGUCGUUAUCAAAGCAUAUGGAAGAGACAUUGGCUACAACACGUGGAAACCAGAACAAAAGGAUCGAUUUAAUUUGAAAGAGCGAAUCGACUUAUUUCACCUCUUCCGAGAAUCUGAACCAGAAGAAUUUCAAGCACGAUUCCAAUUGGGAAUCACAAUUGGAGAUCAGUUAAUUUGUCGUUUGGAGAUACACCGACCAAAUGAUGUAUUCUUUGAAUCUCUUCAAAUAUGUUUUGAAUCUAUUCAAAGUUUUGAUGAAAAUGAUACAUCGAUCGAACAAUUAAAUCUCGGUUCAAUGGUUCCGGUGGUCAAAAAAGAAAAUUUCAAUAUUUUGAAAUUAUUUUAUACUUAUUCUCAAAACCAGCUUGAAGGUUUUAUUAAAGCCGUUUAUUAUUUCGAAUCAAUUUUUGGAUGUCGAUUGAUGAGUGUUCGCAUUAAUGGAACGGAUGCUGAUGAGUUCUCAAUGAACUUCAAAAACGUCGUUGAAAGACUGAAUUUAUCUCAUAUUGUUAUGAAUGACUGGGAGCUUUAUAAUCUUGCAACAGUUAGUGAAAAGGAUUUAUCAUACAUUUUGGAAAAUGUGAACACGAAAUUGUUGUCCUACGGAUUCUGCAGAGGAAAUAAUGCAGCUAAUCAUCGUCAGGAGCGUUUUCUUUUAGAUAAUCUCAAAAACAUCAAAUGUUCACGCAUGUUGCUAUCUGUGUCAAAUUGUACAAACCGUACGAUGAUCAAUUUCAUUUCUAACUGGUUGUCGGCGCCAGUUGUUUGGGGUAGGAGUAUGUAUGUUACGCUGAAGGAAAACGUAAAUAUGCAAUCGAUAAUAACCGGUCUGUCAGAGAGAAAAAGUGGAGAACAAGUGGGUUAUAACGUUGUGCAACAGUCCAACAGGCAUUGGCAAAUAAUCACAAGCUGCAAUAAGAAGUUGCAGAUAGGUCUAUCCCCUAAAGGCCUCAUGAUGGUUGUUGAGAAUGAUACUGAACACUAA